AUGUCCGCUCCUCCCGCUAGAGGAGGCUCCCGUGGGGGAUUCCGAGGCCGAGGUGGUCCUCGCAAACCUCAACAACCCCGCGCGGCAGGUUCGGCCAUUCCCCAACAGUUCAGCGGAGUGGCAUCUACUACCGACUCGACGCCUGCGCCGAGUGGAACCGUUACGCCUGCGGUAGAGGGUGGUUCGGGUGUCCGAUUUAGGGAUUUCGAGGGAUUAUCGGAGCAGGUGUUGAAGGGUAUUCCGUUCGAGUGUACUGACUAUCAGGUCCAAGCCGCAACUCUCCCCGCCGUACUCGCCGGCCGCGACCUCCUCGCGCAAGCCAAAACCGGAACAGGCAAGACCCUCGCCUUUCUCGUCCCUACCAUCCAGCGCCUCAUCACCGCCCCCGCCCCUCCCGCAUCCUCCACCUCCGUCCUCAUCCUCUCUCCGACCCGUGAGCUCGCGAUGCAAAUCAGCGUUGCCGCCGAGGGUUUACUGCGGAACCACCAGGACACCCUGGGCGUGCGGUGCGUCGUGGGCGGAACGAAUAUGCAGAAGGAUAUAAGGGACCUCAAGUCCCGUCGUGCGGAUAUACUCAUUGCUACGCCUGGACGAUUGUUGGAUCUUAUUGAGAAUGCCGGGAUUGCGCAGAGGUUUGCUGGGAUCCGCUCCCUCAUUCUCGACGAGGCUGACCGGCUCCUCGACCAAGGUUUCCGCCGGGAACUCGUAAAGAUCAUCGAGUCUCUUCCUCAAAAGUCUGCUCAGCCUCGUCAGACCUUGCUGUUCUCGGCGACUAUCCCCGCUGAGGUGCACAACAUCGCUUCACUCGCCCUGGACAAGAAUCACGAGUUCAUCUCCACCCUCACCGAGGAGGAUGUCAACGUGCACGAGCACGUCAUCCAGGAGAGCUUGGUCGUCCCGGACACCGAAGUACUCGUUGCCGGGGCAGAGGUGAUCUUCAGGGAACAAAGCUUGUCGGCUGAACGAGGCGGGUUCAAGGUCAUGGUCUUCCUGCCGACCGCUCGAUCCGCCGCGAUCAUGGCCGACAUCUUUAACGGUCUCGACGCUUCUAUCGCCGUACCCGUAUGGGAAAUCCACUCGCGCAUGUCUCAACCCGCCCGAAUCAAGGCGAUUGAGCACUUCCGUGCCGCCCCUACCGGCGUAUUGUUUUCCUCGGACGUCAUGGCGCGCGGGAUUGACGUCAAGGGUGUGACGGGUGUAGUUCAGAUCGGUCUGCCUGCCAAUCCCGAGCAAUAUGUACAUCGUCUCGGCCGUACCGCUCGAGCCGGGAGCAAAGGGCACGGUGUUGUCGUCCUCGGCGCCUUUGAAUCCUCGUUCCUCCGCAACAAGAUCCUCCAGACCUUCAACAUCCUCCCUUACUCUGGCUCUACCCCAGCCACGCGCGAUUCCGCGCGACAACACAUCGACGCGGCGCUUCGGACCGUAUCGGACGAAGCCAAGACGCAGGCGUACCAGGCCUGGCUGGGGUAUUAUAAUGGAAGCACGAAGGCGCUCGGGUGGAAUCAGGGGCAGUUGAUCAACGGGGCAAACGAGUUUGCGAGGGUGUCCCUGAGGUAUGAAGGGAGUGGGUCGGGGGCGGAGUGGAAGCCGCCAGGGUUGCUGGCGAAGACGGUGGGGAAGAUGGGGCUGAAGGGCGCGCCGGGGCUGAAUGUGGUGAGGGAGGUACAGGGUGCUGGAGGCGGGGGAGGCGGAGGAGGGAGGGGUCAGGGAGGUGGACGUGGUGGUGGAGGUGGCGGUGGCGGCGGAAGGGGAGGUGGAGGUGGCGGCAGGGGAGGAGGUGGUGGUGGUGCGGGACGAGGCGGUGGGGCCGGUGGCGGCGGAGGUGGGGGAAGGACCGUACCCGGGAGCGGGGUGCCUGGCUCGGGACCGCCCGUUGGCGGUGGGGGUGACGCGCCCGGCAGGGGUCAAAAGCGGCCCAACAGCCAGCGUGGAGGUGGUGCAGGUGGACAGGGACCGGCAAAAGGUGGACGGGGCCGCGGCAUGUGA